CUUGUUUUGUCGUCCAGAGAAUCUUCGGAUCAUAGUUGCCUGGAAGGUGAAACCGAGAGAAAAACCUCCUGAAAUUUUCUGUCAACUAUACAAACCAACCAUCCCUGGUUUUUUGAAUUCUGAAGCUAAAAUUCUCUUCGCGUGUACCAUUAAGGCAUCGUUUCGAAGAUUGCCUUCACUAUUUCCUCGUCAAAUCUUCAUCCUAAGUUGUCUAAUUAUUAUGAACAAACACACAAUAUUCCAUGUAUGAAAUAUGGAAUUGUGCGUUGUAGUUGAAAUGUCGGGAGGCGAAUUCAGCGAUCAAAAUCCACUGCUGAGUUCGAAUUCGUCAGCUUCAGAGGGGGACUUGGAAGGUCAAGGAUCUCCAAGCACUAAGAAAGGAAUUAAAGAUCUGCUGAAACGCUUGGAUCGAAGGUUUUCGGGACGUCGUUUGAGUAUAAAGCGGUCAGAUAGGGAUCACCGGCCGGAUAGGGGCCAUUCUUCGAUUCCAGAUCAUGCUGUACACGGCAUGUGUAGGGGCAGUGCUGGUGAUGAGAUCCUCGGCGAUAGCGCUCCUCCUGAAUGGGCGUUGCUGCUCAUUGGUUGCCUUCUUGGCCUCGCCACCGGUCUCUGCGUCGCUGCCUUCAACAGAGGGGUGCAUGUAAUACAUGACUGGGCGUGGGCUGGUACUCCGAAUGAGGGAGCUGCUUGGCUUCGUUUAAAGAGACUAGCUGACACCUGGCAUCGGAUACUCCUAAUACCGGUCACAGGAGGAGUUAUGGUUGGCAUGCUACAUGGUCUUCUUGAAAUAUUGGAUCAAAUAAGGCAGUCCACUUAUUCUCAAGGACAAGGUUUUGAUUUGCUUGCUGGAGUAUUUCCCAUAGUAAAAGCCAUCCAGGCUGCUGUAACCUUAGGUACUGGUUGUUCGUUGGGUCCUGAAGGUCCUAGUGUAGAUAUCGGAAAAUCAUGUGCCAAUGGAUGCUCUAUGAUGAUGAAAAACAACAGGGAAAGAAGAAUUGCUCUUGUUGCCGCUGGUGCUGCUGCUGGUAUAUCUUCAGGUUUUAAUGCAGCAGUCGCUGGUUGCUUCUUUGCCAUUGAAACUGUUUUAAGGCCUGAACGUGCAGAGAACUCACCUCCAUUUACAACCGCCAUGAUAAUAUUGGCAUCUGUUAUUUCAUCCACUGUAUCAAAUGCUGUACUAGGGGAGAAACAGGCUUUUGCAGUGCCCACGUAUGAUUUAAAAUCUGCUGCUGAAUUACCUUUGUAUCUGAUACUGGGAAUGCUGUGUGGAGUAGUAAGUGUAGCAUUCACUCAAUUGGUACUUUGGUUCAACAAGGCAUUUCUGUUUUUCAAGGAAAAAUUUGGACUUCCCACUGUUGUUUGUCCUGCUUUAGGGGGUUUAGGAGCUGGGAUAAUAGCUCUUAAGUAUCCUGGAAUACUCUAUUGGGGUUUCACUAAUGUUGAUGAAAUUCUGCAUACUGGUAAAACUGCGUCAGCACCUGGAAUCUGGCUACUAGCUCAGUUAGCUGCUGCGAAAGUUGUGGCAACAGCCCUGUGCAAGGGAUCUGGGCUUGUCGGUGGGUUGUAUGCACCAAGUUUGAUGAUUGGUGCUGCCGUGGGUGCUGUAUUUGGGGGUUCAGCUGGAGAACUUAUUAAUUCAGCCAUUCCAGGAAGUGAUGCUAUUGCACAGCCACAGGCAUAUGCACUGGUUGGGAUGGCUGCUACAUUAGCUUCAGUUUGUUCAGUACCAUUGACUUCAGUUUUACUUCUGUUUGAGCUGACGAGAGAUUACAGGAUCUUGCUUCCCCUCAUGGGGGCUGUUGGAUUAGCCAUUUGGGUGCCUUCUGUGACAAACCAGUCCAAGGAGACGGAGGGAUCUGAUACAAAGAGUUUAUCAAGAAGUUAUUCUAUUCUUUUACCAGUUGAAGGAGAAAAUGGGGAAGGUAUUUCACGACGAACUGAUGAUGGAGGUGCUAUAGAACUCUCUGUUAUAGAAAAUGAUGGUAACCAUGAAGCACUUGACGACGAUGUAAUUCUGGAAGAAUUGAAGGUUUCUCGGGCUAUGUCCAAGAACUAUUUGAAGGUCUCACUGACCCUAUCUUUGUAUGAGGCCUUAAACUGGAUGCAUGAUGGUCAACAGAGUUGUGUUCUUGUGGUUGAUGCUGAAAAUUAUCUAGAAGGAAUUUUAACCUAUGGUGAUAUUAAAAGGUUCCUGUGCAAGAACUCUGGUGAUUCUUCCAUCACGGAUUCUUCACUUCCAGAUGUAAAUACAUUGCUUGUUUCCUCUGUCUACACUCGAGGGAUAAACUAUCGUGGACGAGAAUGUGGACUUCUAACUUGUUAUCCGGAUACUGAUCUGGGGAUUGCUAAGCAGCUAAUGGAGGCCAAGGGAAUAAAACAGUUGCCUGUAGUUAAGCGUGGUGGAGAUUUCCAAAAAGAAAGAAAACGCAGAAUAGUUGCUAUUCUUUAUUACGAUUCAAUUUUGAACUGUCUCAGAGAUGAAGUUAAACGCAGGAACUCAGUCUACCACCAGAGACAAGUAGACAAUCAGCAGGAGAUGGUUGCAAGCGGCCAUUAACGAGAUGAUGGAACUAGUUGCCCAAACACAAAUUUCACUGUCUGCUUCCGUCAAACUCAAGUUGGAAGUAAGACAUGGAAGCCAUUUAUGCCUUGGGUUUUUGGCAUCAUAUAAUGGAUGUCGAAGAGUUGUCGAGUUAAUCGUAGUGAUGGGUUAUCUUCAUAUCUGGAAUUCCUACAUGUAAUCCCCCAAUCAAAUUUUAUAGUUCUAAUUUGCUCCAGUCCAAUAGUUAAUGAAAAGGCAUUUGAGACGUAUGUAUUCAUAGUCGACACAUAAGUAACUCAGGUUCCCAGCACAUAUAUAGAAUCUGAUCUCUUCUUUACUUUGUACCCGAGCUUAUAUGAGCAUGUCUGCUGCUGCUGCUGCUGCGGCUCUCUCUCUCUCUCUCUCUCUCUCUCUC